AUGCCUGGUGACAAAGAUAUACCCUUCCCUCCUGGGUCUCUUAUCACCAAUUUAGGGUCUGUUAAAACACCCACAGGGGUACCUGAGAUUGGGGCGACUAUCCCCGCUGAUUUUGAUCCUACUGCUGAUAUGCAGUACAUGAUUGACAACACCAUGUCUCAUGUUGUGACUAAGGCCCUCACAUCAGCCAUGGGGCUGAUGUCUGAAUCUAUCUCACAGACUAUUACACAUGCUCUACUUGGGGCACAGAAAUCGGCCCAGCCGAUCACUACCCAGGCUUUGCCUGCAAUAGCCCCUUCACAACCUCACACUGGCCGCAAGGCCACUGCAAAAACAAAACACUCUUCAAUCUCACAGAUGGACAGCUACACACCUGUCACAGAUGGCGCGUCUAAUAUACCACCGCGCAAAAGAGCCACUAGCCGGGCAAAAUCGGCUAGGUUAUGGAAACGGGCAAAAGCCCAACUAGAAUCUGAGUCAGAUCUCAGCGAGAUUGAAGAGGAGACCGGUAUGGAUUCGGAGGAUCCAUCAGAUCCAGAGUCAGAUGGUGUGGUCGAAGACCAUGACCCCAGAGAGCAUAUUACGCCUCCAUCUGAAUC